UAUCAAACGGACUGAUUGGAUCACAAGUAGUAUUAAUACGAUGAACUGAAAGGCCUUCAUAUAAGAUAGUCAUGUUCUCAAGCACUUUCUAGAUGUAGGACUCAACAAAGCAUCAAUCAAGUAGGAGGAGAAUUCACUGCUUCUAGUUUCUACCGGUGAGAAAUUGAUCGUCCUAUUUCUCAGUGGCAGAGUUUCUAGAUUCGUCAUAGUAAGCUGCUGCAUGAAACUGAGAUUUUCGCUCUGCGUAUAAAAAGAGUACAAAUUUCUACUGCAAUAAUCAAAAUAAAAUUCAUUUUGAGAUGACUGAUGGCGGGAUUCAAGAACCUAUUCUUCACUCUCAAGGAAUUCCCAAGAACUUUACAGCCUCUCUGUCGCCCAAGAGCCCACAUUCUCACCGUCUUCCUUCUUCUUUCACUCUUUCUCCUCUCCAGAUCAUACUCCUAUGAUUACGAUCGCCCCCCCUCCACAGCCACCGCCGUCACCGGCGCUGCUUCUCGCUUCCUUCUUUCUUCCGAUGCCUUCUCUUCAGUUGAUGCGGCAGCGCUCCCAUCCAACAACCUCGCUUCUUGCGACAUCUUUGACGGAGCUUGGGUUCUUGACCACCGUGCACGACCUCCUUAUCCACCUGGCUCCUGCCCCUUUCUCGACGACGCCUUCAACUGCUUCAAGAAUCGACGCCCAGAUUCGGAUUAUCUCGAGUACCAGUGGAAGCCUCAUGGAUGCGGCAUUCCAAGAUUUGACGGGCUGAGAAUGUUGAGGUUGUUGAGAGGGAAAAGGAUGGUGUUUGUCGGGGACUCCUUGAACAGGAACAUGUGGCAGUCUCUCGUGUGUUCCUUGAGGCAAUCUCUCAAGGAUAAGACCAGAGUUUCUCUGGUUUCAGCCCGGCGAGAGCUGAGAACUCAAGGUCUACACUCUUUCAGAUUUAAAGACUAUGGAUGCUCUAUAGACUUUAUAAAAUCACCGUUUCUUGUCCAAGAAUGGAAGAAUUCUUCUACCGAUUUUAAGGAGGGGCCUCCUCGUGGAGAAACUCUGAGGCUCGAUAUGAUGCAAACAUCCAAGUCUCAGUACCAUGAUGCUGAUAUCAUCAUAUUCAACACGGGCCACUGGUGGAAUCACCAUAAGACUAGAAAUGGAAGAAACUACUUUCAAGAAGGAAGCCACGUCUACGACAGACUAGACGUGAAGGAAGCACUGAACAAAGCCCUCAAGACUUGGGCUAAAUGGAUCGACUCCAAAGUUGACAGCUCGCGCACAAGGGUGUUUUUCACUGGAUUUUCAUCUUCUCACUACAGAGGGGGGCAAUGGAAGUCAGGAGGGAAAUGCGAUGGGGAGAGAGAGCCAAUAAGGAAUGAGAGCUAUGUUGGUGAGUAUCCAUGGACAAUGAGAAUUCUGGAGAGUGUGAUGACAGAGAUGAAGACGCCUGUGUUUUACCUCAACAUUUCCAGGAUGACAGAGUACAGAAAAGAUGGCCAUCCUUCCUUGUACAGAGGCGUGAGUCCUCCUCCUUCGCCACUUACUGCUCCCAGGACGAUGGUACAAGAUUGCAGCCAUUGGUGCCUUCCUGGCAUUCCGGAUUCCUGGAAUCACCUCCUCUAUUCAACCCUUCUUCCUCAUCAUCAUCUUCCGGCUUCUUCCAACGAUUAGAUACUUAACGCUUUCACCAUGCCUUGUUCUCUUUUUGGAAGCAUUUCCCGUUGCAGUUUCUGUGUAUAAAUUAGAUAUACAAAGCUUCCAAAUAUAUGCCCCAAUAUGAAUUUCCCAAUAUGUCAUGUCGUUGCAACCUGUAAACUAACAUGAUUAAAGCUAACGACUGAAAAAUAUAUAACUAAAAUAUUCUACGUACAUUGUGGACCGGCGGACCGGCGGACCAAGCAACACAACUAAUAACACGUAAGGACG